ACAGCUUCCCUUGUUGAGUUUGUUCAAGUGAUUGACUGCGGCCGACGUACAGACAGCCCACUUUUCAAGAAUCAGUGCCAAUCCUUUGCCGCGGUGCUUGUCCAAUGCUUACAACCAAGGCAACCAUCCCACUUGACAUCGACAUCCGUUGUGCAGCAUUACUUGAGCAGCGAGGACAGGGGAUUGUCUAAACUUUGGGCAUCCCCCAUUCAUUUUGCCUCCAGCACGUUCCUUGCCCGACGUCACACGAUUCUCCAUGCCAUUCACCAACCCGCUGCUGACGAGGAUCUGGAGAAAUCGCUCAUCCGUUGACUCCCAUUGGAUCCAAUCCAAUAUGUCUCCCUGAUCGUCUCCACGACUUCCAAUUGCCCCUGCCAAUCCGUAUUGCAAAGCUGCCCUGGCGGCAACAUCGCGGUUCACGUGUUGGUCAUACUUUUCCCUUGUUCAGCCCCAGGCAUCUCCUAUAAGUUGGGUACAUCCACCAUCAGGUAUCCUCUUCUCGCUCUGCCGCUCCAGCAGUUUUUAUUAAACAACCACCAAAAUGGGACACCUCAAGGCUCCCAAUUUUCGCAAGCCUCAACUGACCCGCGAGGGGUUGGGGUUGACAACAUGGGUCAAGUACGACAAAUACAAUCCUCACUCAGACCAGUCCACCGAUGCACGCAAAUCCUUGGCUGAUCUGGACUACUCUCCAUUACGUCGAAUCACCUUGCAAUCUUUCUUGAUGGGCAUUCUCAUAUCAAUGGGUGGCUUCAUCUUUGGCUACGACACUGGUCAAAUCUCUGGUUUUUUGGAAAUGCCCGACUUUCUAGAAAGAUUUGGUCAGCGUCACAGCGAUGGUACAUACUACUUUAGUAACGUGAGAGCUGGUCUCAUCGUUGCUCUGCUCUCCAUCGGUACUCUAAUCGGUGCCCUCGUUGCUGGUCCUGUGGCAGAUAUUAUCGGCAGAAGAAUCAGUGUCACUAUUUGGUGUGGUAUCUUCUGCAUUGGCAAUAUCGUUAUGAUUUCUUCCAUACACCACUGGUACCAGAUGAUGAUGGGCAGAUGGGUGGCUGGUCUUGGUGUCGGCGCCUUGUCCCUACUUGUCCCAAUGUACAUGUCUGAAACUGCGCCUCGCCAUAUCCGUGGUGCGCUGAUCUCAACAUACCAGCUCUUUAUCACCUUUGGCAUCUUUUUCGCAGCCUGUAUCAAUUUUGGCACCUAUGAACACCAACGCGGCUCUUCUGCGUCCUGGCGGAUUCCCUUGGGUGUGGGAUUUGUCUGGCCCUUUAUCCUCGGUGCCGGCGUCCUUUUGUUUCCCGAGACACCCCGUUAUGACUACCGUAAGGGUUACACCCAACGUGCAAAGGAGACCAUGUUGAAGGUCUAUGGUGCACCUCCAAACCACUACAGCGUCCAUGUCGAACUCGAAGAGAUCGAAGCCAAGCUCAAAUCAGAGGCAGCCAAAGAAAGUGCCCUCCGUGAAUGGAUCCACAUGUUCUCCGCCCCAAAGAUGGCCUACCGUAUUGCUUUGGGAAUGGGAUUGCAGAUGCUCCAGCAACUGACCGGUGCCAACUACUUCUUCUACUACGGGACAACUAUCUUCCAGGCCACUGGAAUCAACAACUCGUACGUGACCCAGAUGAUCCUUAAUGGUAUCAACUUCGGCUCCACCUUUUAUGGUCUCUACAUCGUCGAGCAUUAUGGUCGUCGCAAGUCACUCAUCGUGGGUGGCCUCUGGAUGUCAGCAAUGUUUUUCAUCUUUGCCAAUGUCGGCCACUUUUCUCUCAAUCGUGACGACCCGCCAAGUACGGAAUCCUCUGGCACCGCGAUGAUUGUCGUUGCUUCAUUCUUCAUCUUUGGUAUGUGUCUUCUUUCUCACUAGUUACUUUGACCCACUGACUCUGGAACAGGUUUUGCCACUACCUGGGGCCCGAUGAUCUGGACCAUCUGUGGUGAGCUUUACCCUUCUCGUUACCGAGCAAAGGGGAUGGCACUCUCCACAGCCUCGAACUGGUUCUGGAACUUUCUCAUUGCCUUCUUCACCCCAUUCAUCACCGGCGACAUUGACUUCUUAUAUGGCUAUGUCUUUGCGGGCUGCAAUCUCGUUGCUGUGGUUGUUGUCUACCUCUUCGUCAUGGAGGGUCAAGGCCGAACUCUGGAGGAGCUUGACACAAUGUACAUUCUAGGAGUGAAACCCUGGCAGAGUUCAUCAUGGGAAGCUCCACCAGCUGAAGAAAUCUCACGGAUCCGAAAGGAGGCUGGCACUGAAGACGCUGCCGAGGCCGGAGAGAUCCAGCCUUCGCAAGCACCAGCGACACACAACCGAGACAGCGACAGCACUGAAGCUGAGAAAGAGACCGAGCAUCGCGAAUAGUCUCGUUAUUCAAGAUCAAACUAGGUGGUGUUGAGAGCUAUUAAUGUGGAAGCAACCUCACCCCAGACUGACAAACAUGUGUGAGAUGCAUCGACGAGAAAGAUGCUGGGUGUGGUUUGUUGUGAAAGACUCGGUUAUUGUAACAUGUGAUGGAAAUACAGAUUGGAUGCCUACUCUCGUUUAUGCAUGAUACCCCGAGCGGCCGUCAAAAGUCGAACUGUUGGGAAAAGCCUGACCCAUGGCCACGAAGAACGAAUAUAUAAUCUACAAGGCAGUUAUCACUGCAUCAAAUGUUGAAAUUGUGCAUAGGAUUACGCUGGUAAUUAUUGCAAUAAGAGCUUGUUUCAUUUCUACUUGUACGCCCCUCGGUCGUGUAUGGUAGCCUGAAGCUUGUUUCGAAGUCACUUGUAAGGUUUGAAUUCAUAAGAGGAACAUGACCGUGGUGUAUAUAUCUUAA